UAGAACCAAAACCGGCGACAAAAAUGAACGGUUUCGAUCUUGAUAGCUCACUUUCUUAGAUUUGCCGUUCACUAAAAGCUAAACGAGGGUCAAGAUGCCAACAAUAAUUCUACUGGAUGUGUCCCUGUCUAUGUCGAGGAUAGUGCCAAUGCCUGAGAGCACUGAGGAGUAUCAACGCAGACACUUGGCAGUUCAUGGGCUAAACUCUCUUCUUGACUACAUUGCACAAAAUAAUAAGUUGGAAUUCUGUUCAUUGGUUGUUUUCUCAUCGUUAUGGGAACAAACAGUAGCAUUCACAAGAGACAUCGAAAGUGUCAAAACUGCCCUGACCAAAGUUGAGGAGUAUGAUAAAACAAAUGUGAUGUCUGCAUUGGCCGGGGUCAAUUCUCUUGUAGUGGAUGAAUGGGGAGCGUCGACCCCUUGUCAGAUUAUCCUGGUGACUGACGGCUGCACUGGUUACGGCGCUGGAUCAGUUCAACACGGCAUUCAAGAGUUUGCUACCUUCGAUUCUCGAGUUGUUGGAAAGGACGAGCACAUCAGUCUGCAUCGACGGACAGACUUUCCACUUCCUUUCCCAUUCCCAUCGAAAAUUCAAAUCGUCUGCUUGGCAAAUCAAAACGACCCACUUUUGGUGACGGCGAUUCCUCAGUAUCAAAAACUAAUCGAUAUCAAUGGUGGUGGGGGUGAAGUUUACACUGUUGAAGGGAAUCUCAGUUUGAAAAGUGUUCAACAGACUUUCAUGAAAGUUGCAGAAGAUAAUUUUAAAGCUUUUCAUGGACAGCUUCACUGCGGACAGUUGGAGUGCCGAGUACAGUUGUUUCCCCCUCCAGAUUCAUAUAUAAGGAAUGACAACUACCAAUAUCAAGACACCAAGAUUUCGAACGAGAUGGAAAUAUGUGGCUUCAUUGACAUUGCAGACGUUUCCAGUCCACCAGUCAUAUCCAGACAUCUGGUUUUACCUGCUCCUAUUGGUCUAAAAGAAAACAAUAAAUCUGAUGAUAAAGACGUCAUAGAUGUUGAUGAAGCCGAUGAUGGGAAGGCACCUUCAUUUACUGUUUUACUCCAUGGAAGUCUCAAAGUCGAGGGCAUGGUGGCAAUUGCACGAGUUGGUGAUAAGUGGUAUGGCAUGCUGUACUCCUUUGCCGACAGCAAAAAGAAAUCGAAUCUCAUGUUGUCCAUAUUUGAACCAGGGUUAGACGCCAUCCCCUGGCUAGGAAAGUUCACCCACCUGGCACCAAUAUCAGACUUUUCUGAUCCGCCUUAUGGAGAAGACGAUAACAAGACGCCGUUCCCAGUUCGCCAGGAAAGACGAAGUUAUGCCACAAAUUCGACAGUGUGGAUUCGGGCGACUGGUUUACAGGCUGAUGUGCAGAAGAUACUCCGACACGGAAGAAAACUUCCCGAAAAACAACAGCAUUUUUACAAAGAGCUGAAUCGGUUACGGCGGAUGGCCGUCAGUCUCGGUUUCAUGGAGCUGCUCGAUGCAAUGGGUUCAUUACUCGAGCGAGAAUGUACGUUACUGCCAGGCUCUGCGCAUCCCGAUGCUGCGUUACAGCUGUCGCACGCAGCUAGCGUGAUACGGAGUGAAACUAGUAAGGAGAUCGGAAGCAACAUUACGCCGCUAAGGACUAAUUUCACAUCAGAUGACUGAGACACAGGAUAAAUGUUUUGCUAUCGGACUUGGACUUCAAGCAACUCUUACCAAUGUAAAAUGUCAAAGGUGCUAGACAUUUCAAUGUUAAGUGUGGCACUGAGAAACCCUGAUUAGCUAAGGAUGACAGAGUUGCAUUUUCAGAUUGUGGUCUAUUUCACGAGAACAGGAGUUGUAUGAAAUGCUAUAUUUCAUCUGCAAAGUAUGAAGAAUCUAAAUAAUAGUUACUUUGCCAGAAUCAGACAAAGUAUGACCAAGUAUGCAAGCCAUUUAGAGCGAAAUACUGACAACUUUCCUCAGCUAGGCUUUUUGCGUGCAGUGCCAUUUUCUCGUGAAACAGCCUAAAGGUAAUAACUGGAUCAUGGUGCUUGUUCAGUUGAAGUAGUAGAUACAUUUCUGCUAGUAAUCAUGACGUUUUUCAAAUGGAAAUUUUUACAGGGAAUAGAAUGGUCAUGAUUUUUGUUUUAUUAAUCCAAGAAUAAAAUUU